GCGUCUCCUCCAGCCAUGCAAACCCAGUUCCAUCACUAUCAGCCGAAUCCUCAACGUCAGAGCGCUCCAGUUGCGCGGAACCAGAUCACAGGUCCAUUCCAAAUCCCCCGUGUACCACACCCAUGGCCCUACGGCCGGGCACAGGACGGAAGUACCAGUGGUGGGUCAGGCCAUGGAGCCAUACCCAUCGACCCACAACUCUUAGGGCAAGGACAACAAGGUGGUAACAACACCAACAACAACAACAAUGGGCAAACGCAAGGUCAAUGGCAUCAUCAUUCUGGAGGCAACGGCAACAGAGGAUAGGUUGCAUUCGUUGUGAUAGAUGAAGACCUGAGCACAAACAAGAUCUCAACAGCCAACGAACUUCCCCUUCCUCGCCUUCGCUACCCCCGGCAAAGGUACGAGAUUACCAUGAACAUGCCGGCCAUGUAGACAAUGCGUGUCUUAUUCCGAAGAAAUGCAGUACCGAAUCAGGUGGAUGGAUUUAUGGACCCCAUGGUCAGGACCGACGGGAUGCUCCGCCAGAGCAUGGGCCAGACCUGGGCUCAACGCAUCCUUGAUUCACGGUACCUGGUGUUUGGUGUUUGGUGUUCAAUACUUCUUCCUAUCUACAACCAUGGAGAGCAGGCACCACAGCAAACGCGUAGGUUGGCUUCGUGAGAUGCCACCUGACAUGGGGGACAAUGUCGCGGACACUUGUGUCGUUUUGGAC